CUCUACACCACAUUCUACUUCAGUCCACCACUAUUUCACCUACCAAUAUGAAGGCCGUCGCAAUUCUCGUUGCCCUCAGUGGCCUCCUCCUGGGCGCCAACGCUGACUCGCAUGGUGCAUGCGGCUGCCAAAUCAACUCUGAUGGGGCAAUCGACACGGAUGCUACGCAAACCUGCUGCCAGAGAUUUGGAGGAACAUCCACCUAUCUUUCUACCAGCGGGAAAGUCCGCUUCGCAGGCGAAUAUUGUCUGAAAAACAACAUCGAUGGUGACUCUUUCCAUAACUGCUGCCGCCAAUUCCUCAGCCGUGGAGAUAGUGCGUGCCCGUGGUGAAGUGUUAGUAAUUGGCCGUUUGUAUCACACUCGGACAAUGUUGGUAUAGUGGAUGCUUUAGAAGUGGAUUUUUUGUACAGCAGUCAGCCAUUCAACAUGGUCUAUUAUAUUUCAAUCAAUCAACCUCUUAUUUCAAG